CUGUGGUUAAUCUUGGACGUAUUUUGGGAAAAUGAAAUCUGGAUUUGACUGCACAGAGCAAGCGGAGGAGACCGCUUUACGCAGCCAGAGGAUGACGCAUGGCGCGGCGGCCACCAGGAGCAGGGGUCCCCGGUGUGUGGAGCUGUUCGUGCUGCUGCUCCUGGGCAGCUGCUGCCACAUGUUGCACGGUCAAGUUGUAUCGGGAGUGCGGCGACCCAGACAAGACGGUGAGAGCAGCCAACGGACGAUGUCAGGAGUAGAGACAGAAGUGGCACCAUACCUGCGUGGCACCGCCCGUGUCCAGCAGGUGGUGCUGGAGGGGAAUAGACUGGUGCUGAGCUGCUUGGCCGGAGGGAGCUGGCCCCUGGAGUACCGCUGGAGCUUCAACGGCACCAAUAUCACUGACUGGUCUCCUCAGUACAGAUUGUCCAUAGAGCAGACGCAGCGUUUGGAUGCGGGCCUGUACCAGUGUGUGGUGAGGAACCGGAUGGGAGCGAUCAUACACUGGAAGACCCAAGUGCACGUGGCCUAUUUGGGGAACUACUCGGGUGAGGACCAGAGAAAGACAGUUACACAGGGCAGGGCUACGGUGCUCAGCUCUCCUCCGCUGGCGUCGUACCCCCAGGCUGUGGUCACAUGGUACAAGGACGGUCAAAAGAUCAUCCCCAACAACAGACUAGCAAUCACACUGGACAAUCAGCUGGUCGUCCUGGCAACCACGGCGGCAGAUGCAGGUCGAUACCAUGCUGACGCGGUAAACGAACUCACGGGAGAGUCUGUGACCAGCCCCGCCAUCUACGUCAGCAUAUCAGUGGGCAAGAAGAACCGCGGUUGGAAAGAUCCCGAUACCGACCUGGUUGCCCCGGUGAUUGUGGUGGCUCCCAAAGACACGACAGCGGUUGCAGGGCGGGCAGUGACGCUGGAGUGCAUCGCCAAUGCCAGACCAGUGGAGAACCUGCUUUUGUCAUGGAAGAGGGAUGGUCGGAGGAUAGGCAGCGGUCCCCGUCUGCUCCUGCCCGCUCCAGACUCCUCCGACUCGGGCAUGUACAUCUGUGAGGCUGCCCUGAGCAACAGCACCACCAGACCUGUGGAGGCACGAGCACACCUCACAGUCAUAGUGCCCCCUACCCUGGCCAUGCAGCCUAAGAGCAGGACCAUAGGAGACCUGGAGAGGAACGUGGAGAUCCCAUGUGUGGCUACAGGCAUACCCCAGCCAAGGAUGGAGUGGUUCAAAGACACAGUACCUCUGUCCAAACUGGCUAACCCACGGUACAAGGUCACCAUGGCAACGGGGCUGACUGUGAGGCGGGUGCAGCCCGGAGACGGAGGGGUGUUCCAGUGCAUCGCCCGUAACGCAGCCGGAGAGGCACAGAGCUACACGCAACUACUGGUGUCCAGCUUGGCUCCUGUCUUCUCUCUGCCUCCUGCGGAUCAGACAGUGACUGAGGGAAACACUGCUGUAUUUCACUGUCAGUGCAGUGGGGCCCCCAGACCAGCCAUCAUGUGGAGGAGAGGAACCCAGGUGCUAGCUAGCGGUUCGGUGCAGAUCCCGCGCUUCAGUCUCCUCCAAUCAGGCUCGCUGCAGAUCCAUCCAAUCAGCUCGCAGGAUACUGGAGAGUACACAUGCUUCGCCUCCAACGCAGAAGGGACCAUCAACUCCACGGCCACCCUCACUGUGCUCAAUCGCACAGUGAUUUCCGUGCCUCCGUCUGACCAGAGGGUGAUCAAAGGCACCACCGCAGCACUCAAGUGUAACGCCACACACGACCCUAGAGUCAACAUCAGUUUCCUUUGGGAUCGUGGGGGUGCACCUGUGGUCUCAUCCAGUGGGGGGCGUGUCUCUGUCCAGCAAGGCUCGCUUACCAUUGGCCAGACCUGGUCAGGUGACAUUGGAGACUACACCUGCACUGUUCUGUCCAAAGCUGGGAACGACUCCCAAACAGCACGCCUGGAAGUCAUAGAGCUGCCCCACUCCCCCCGCUCGCUGACGGCCAAACUGAAUGACACAGACUCGCGCUCGGUGCUUCUGUCCUGGCUCCGGCCCUUUGACGGGAACUCUCCUCUGCUCUACUACCUGCUUGAGCUUUCUGAAAACAACUCUCCAUGGAAAGUCUACCUGUCUGAGGUGGAUCCCACUGUCAACAACAUCACAGUGGGUGGACUUACUCCAGCCAGGACCUAUCAAUUCAGACUGUGCGCUGUCAAUCAAGUGGGGAGGGGCCAGUACAGCGCCGAGACACAGAGGCUGAUGCUGAGAGAAGAAGCUCCCAGCGCUCCUCCAAAGAACAUUGUGGCCAGUGGACGGACAAACCAGUCCAUCAUGGUGCAGUGGCAGCCCCCUCCUGAACCCCAGCUCAACGGGGUCCUGAGGGGCUACAUGCUCAGGUACCGUCUCGCAGGUCUACCAGGAGACUACCAGGAGAAGAACAUCACCAGCCCAGAAACCAACUACUGCCUGCUCAAAGACCUCAUCAUCUGGACCCAGUACCAGAUCCAGGUGGCCGCGUACACAGGAGCAGGGCUGGGGGUGUACAGCAGUCCUGUCACGGAGUACACCCUACAGGGAGUCCCCACAGCGCCCCCUCAGGACGUACAAGUGGUUGCAGUCAACUCGACGACCAUUCGAUUCACAUGGAGCCCCCCACCACAGCAGUUCAUCAAUGGAAUCAACCAGGGAUACAAGCUGAUGGUGUGGCCCGAGCUGUCCCCGGAGGACGUGACUGUGGUAACCAUCACUCCCGAUUACCCGGCCAGCAGACACACAGGGCUGGUGAGCGGGUUGGCUAAGUUCACUUGGUACUACAGCUCCACCCUGUGCUUCACCACACCAGGAGACGGGCCCCGGAGCCAGCCCAGCCUCCUGCAGACACACGAGGAUGUCCCUGGUCCUGUUCGUCAGCUGACUUUCUCUGAGAUCCUGGACACGUCCCUCAAAGUGAGCUGGGCUGAACCAACGGACAAGAACGGCAUCAUCACAGGCUACGUGCUGAGGUGGGAGGUGUCCGGUGCAGAGUCCAGUGCUCAAGAGAAGGCCCUGUCUAACUCCACCCUGCAGUACCAUCUCAGCGGACUCACCUCUACCACCACCUACAGCCUACAGGUGGCAGCACUGACCGCCGCAGGCCGAGGGGCAGUCACUUCCUCUACCAUCUCCACUGGGGUCCCUCCAGAGCUGCCUGGAGCUCCUUCUAACCUGGUGAUCUCCAACAUCAGCCCGCGCACAGCCACCCUCCGCUUCAGACCAGGCUCUGACGGCAAGACCGCCAUCUCCACCUGGAUCAUAGAGGGACAGGUGGUGCUGGAGGACGGGAAAGAGGAGCCGUGGAAGGUUCUGUACCAGGAGGAGAACCAGCCAGACACCAACUCCAUCCAGAUCCCCAACCUGAGCCCCUUCACCCAGUACAGGUUCCGUAUGAGGCAGCUGAACAUCGUGGGCACCAGUCCUCUGAGCAGCCCCUCCAGGACCAUCCAAACCCUGCAAGACUCCCCCGACAGCCCCCCCACACAGCUCAGCCUGCAGGCCGCCUCUCAGACCAGCCUCCGGAUCAAGUGGAAGCCUCUGGAGCAGUCUGAGUACAACAGCAGCCCUGAGUCCAUGGGCUAUCGUCUGCGCGUGUGGAGGACAGACGGACAGGGAGACCAGCGCACCGUAGAGAUAGAGGGAGAGAGCGCCACAGAAUGCACCGUGGAAGGUUUGAUUCCCUGGACUCACUACCAAGCUCAGAUCCAAGCCUACAACUCCAUCGGACCGGGGCCUUGGAGCAACACACUGGCUGCCAUGACAACGGAGUCUGUUCCUUCUGGACCUCCUCAGAACGUGACAGCAGAGGCGGUCAGCUCCACCAAGAUCCUGCUCACCUGGACCCCCGUGCUGAAGGUCCAGAAGAACGGCGUCAUCCUGGGAUACAAGGUGUUUUACAGUGAGCGUGACCUGGUAUCCCCGCGGCGGGAGCAGGUGGUCUCUGGAGAGGGCCGCGUGUCCCUGAUGCUUUCCCCGCUGCACAAGUACACCGUGUACGAGCUGAGGGUCCUGGCCUUCACGCGCUUGGGGGACGGGCCCCUCAGCGCCCCCCUUCUACUCAGGACUAAAGAGGAUGUCCCAGGCCCUCCGGUCAGAGUGGUCUUCCCUGAGGUGCGACUCACUUCAGUGCGAGUGGUGUGGCAGCCCCCCACCAGCCCCAACGGCAUCAUACUAGGAUACCAGAUCUCGUACCGCCUGGAGGGCCGUGAUGCUUUGCGCUGGACCACUGUGGAGGUGGGCUCCACAGGGAGACAGUUCACCGUCACUGGACUUGCCCCGGAGCAGACCUACGCCUUCAGACUGACCGCCCGCACCGCAGUGGGGUGGGGCCAAGAGCACCAGGCCCUCGUGGUCACUACAGAGCGGAGAGAGCGUCCACAGCCCCCCAGGAAGCUGUCGGUGCCACAGGAGGGGGUGGAGACCAGGCAGGUGCUGCUUCACUGGGUGGCCGGAGGUUCUGGCUCCUCCCCCCUGAGGUACUUCACGGUCCAGAUAAAAGAACUGCCCGAUGGAGCUUGGGAAUCCCACACCACGGAUGUACCGCACAAUGUCACCAACUGGACCAUCGAUGGCCUGAAGCCCUUCACCUCAUACAAGCUGAGGAUGUUGGCCACAAAUGACGUUGGAGAAAGUGUCAUGAGCAAAGAGACAGAGGCCGUGACCACUCUGCAGGACGUCCCUGAUAAGCCUCCGGUGAUCACCUCUGUGAAGCCCACUACCACCACCUCCGUCCUGGUGCAGUGGAAGCCUCCCAGUGAGGAGAGUGUGAAUGGGGUCCUGACUGGAUUCCGGCUGUACUACAAAGAGAUCCCAGCCAACAGCUCCACCAGCUCUGAGGCAGGAGACCAGGCCAAUGCCACAACGUCAACUGCCCUCAUCACUGCCAAAAGCACCUUUAAGACCAUCAGCAGUGCCACACUAACAGAGUUCGAGCUCACACAGCUAAAGAAGUUCCAGCGGUACCAGAUCUUCAUGACCAGCUCCAACAUUGUGGGAGAGAGCCCGCCUUCUACAGCUGUGGACGUGUCUGUGGGAGAGGCAGCGCCCUCUGUGGCCCCUCACUCCAUACGUGUCUCAGCCCUGUCCCCGUCGGCUUUGGAGGUGACGUGGGACGUACCCCCCCUCGAGACCCAGAAUGGACUCAUCCAAGGAUACAAGAUUCACUACUGGGAGAGGGAGCAGCAGAAUCAGACAGAGAAGGUGAAGGUGGUCUUUGUCCCCCACACUGCAGUGCACCUGACCAACCUGAGCAGCUACACGGCCUACAUGCUCACCCUGACAGCCUUCAACACAGCUGGAGAUGGACCCCCCAGUGACCCCCGUGGAGCCCGGACACAGCAGUCAGCACCCAGUGAGCCAAGCUUCCUGUCCUUCUCGGAGGUGACCGGCUCCAAUGUGAAUGUGUCCUGGGGCGCCCCCUUGAGUCCUAAUGGUCAGAUUGAGGGCUACAGGGUGAGGUACCAGCCCACCAGCCCUGUGCAAGGCCUGACGAGAGCCGUGACUGUGGAUGUAAAUGGAGGAUGGCAGCGCUGGCUCAAGGUGCGAGACCUGACCCGAGGAGUGACCUACAUGUUCAGUGUGCAGGCCCUCACCGUGAGCUACGGACCAGCAGUACAGGCCAACCUCACAGCCCAGCCACUGCCAGGCUCUCCAGGAGCUCCCUUGGACCUGAGCGUAUCCAAAACCUCCUCCGGUCUCACUUUGCAUUGGUCCGAAGGAGACAUUGGCUCCGCCCCCAUCUCUGGAUAUGUCGUCGAGUCCCGCCCCUCUGAUGAGGGAACCUGGGACUCGUUCAUCCGCCUGGUGCCCCCCAACAGCAGGUCUGUGGCCGUGCCCAUGGAGCGCCUCCGCUCGGGCAUCAGCUACGAGUUCAGGGUCAUCGCGCUCAAUCGCUACGGUUACGGCCAGCCCAGUGCCCCCUCCACUGCCCUUGCUGCCCAGUCGUCGCGGCCCUUCUAUGAGGAGUGGUGGUUCCUCUUGGUCAUGGCUCUGGUGGGGCUCAUCCUGGUGUUGGUGCUGGUGUUUGCUCUGCUGCUUCACGGACACAGCUCCAAGUACAAGAGCUGCUCCUCAGGAAAGCACCUGUCCCCUGCAGACGAGUCGGUCACCCUGGACAACGGGGGCUUCACAGCUCUGGAGCUCAACAGCCGAAGCCUCAACUCUAAGAACUCCUUCCUCAAGAAAAACGGGACCAGGUCCACGCUUGUGUCUCCUCCCAGACCCAGCCCAGGCGUCCUGCACUACUCUGAUGAGGACAUUUGUAACAACUACAACGGGACGGCUCUAACUGAGAGCACCAACCUCACAGAGAAGCCCACCGAGGUGUCCGAGUCAGAGCUCACGGACAGCGACUACGAAGAGGAGCAGCCCAAGCACUCGUUCGUCAACCACUACAUGAGUGACCCCACCUAUUACAACUCGUGGAAACGCCAACCGAAGGGCCUCAAGAGCACCGCCACCUCCGGCUUCCCCUACGAGGAAUGUGCCACGGUCGACAAAGAACCCUACUACCAGACUGUAGUGACUCAGCACAGCACAGGAGGAGCCUACACCCCCAGCGGACAACCGGCGCACACACUACCCAACAACAACCCCCCCGGCUCCCGGACCCCCGUCACAGGCUUCUCCUCCUUUGUCUGACUAUCAAAUGCACCAGAUGCCCUCCCAAAGACCUGAGCCCAUACACUUGCCACUUGCCUUUCCCUUGGUUUACAAAGAACCGCUGCGAAAAAUGGAUUAUGUACAUGAGUUGAGCUGACUUGAAUUCUGGUAUUUGAUUUGAGGAGUUUUGGCUGGAUUUUAUGUUGAGGUUUGAGCUUUGAAUACACUGUAAAAAUAAAUAACUUGGAUUCAUAAUUUAUUUUAUUUUCGUACUUUCUUUACAUGUUUUGGUAAGUUUUGAUUAUUCACAAUUUGCAAUGCAGAAACCAGUCAAAGUAUCGUUAGACUACUCGUGCUUUUUUCUUACCGUAUGGUCAGAAAUUACUAUAGAUGUAUUUUUGGGUCAAGUAAAUUUACUCAAAUGCAGGAAAACAUGGAGAAUUCAAGUCAUUUCAGCUGUUGUAGAUUAUUUCUGUCGUAACGUGUCCUCACUGUGUCGGCGAGUGUGUUUUUUAUGCCCACGAUUUACCCAUAGACUCCAAAGACUCUGAGACAAGAGCGAGCUGUACUUAAGAAGAGGUUUGGACCACAAAAUGGUGGACUCUGCACAAACGCUUCUUCUUCAAUCUCUCUAUUCCACAUCUAAGUGCACAAAUACACAUGCCCAUCUCCCGAGUGGAAAAUUACACUGCAAAAUAAUAUCUGCUGGGCUUGAGUAUAAAAUGUUCAUGUCCAUUUGAGUAGUUCUGACUAGUUUUGAUUCCCUUUGUUAGCCUAUUUGAUUUAUUCAGGUUGUUUCGGACUGGUUUAAAUCA